UCCUCUCUUUUCCUUUUUUUCAUUUGCUCUCUCGCCCCUCUUUUAAAAUUUGUACUUUGCCCGUCAAAAUUCAUUGCUCAGUCUUCCUUGUGUCGCUCACUAUCAGAAACUGAAGCUUGUCCAAUUUCAGUUUUUCUUGAUCGGGCUGGAAUUGUGGGUUUGAUUCUUGCACAGUGAGGCUCGUGGCAGCGUGGUGAAGGAGGAGGAAGAGCAGCAGUAAAGCGAAUGGAGAAAAGGGAGGAGGGGAAGGGAUUGAAUGAAGCGCAGAGGUCCAAAAGUAGCAGCAGAAUCUGAACUGGGUAUAUCUUUCUCUUAGUUACUUUUAAGCUGGGUUUUGCUGUGUGUGUGUCUCUUUCCCUCUCUCCUUCAUUGCUUCUGGUUCACCUCUGAGAUGAUAUCUCAGCUCCUCUGACUAGGGUUUUCAAUGGGGCUUAUUUAUUGUACUGAAAUCAAUGUACUUCUUUUGUUUGCUUGUUUGACUGAUUCUUAUCUUACCCCUCCUUUUCCAGCUUUUUCUUCGGUUCUCUCUCUGAGUUUUCCUUUUCUCGGCGUCGCUGUCGUCUUGGGAGUUGCUUCCUUUUGGUUCAGUCCUAAGUACUAAAACUGCAAGUCCAGUGGUGGAUUGCUUUGGAAUUGGUGGCCUUUCCCCAACCGCAUUCUUACUUCUCUUCAGUCUUUGUUGAGUUUAGAGGAAAGGGGAGAAGAGUUUGUGCGCUCAUUCUUUGGUGUGAUUCCUGAAAGCCAGUUUGUUGAAUUGGGUUCUCACUUGUGCCACCGUGUAAAGCUCUUGCAAAGUUAAAGUCUGUCUGUGAUCCUGCGAGGAAUGUCCUCGCAUCCUUCUGUGAAUUUGAAAUUUCUUGUACUGUAAGUUUUGGCCGUGUUGUUGAUCGCUUUGUUGUGAAGUUGUCAUAAAUCUCUUCUUGGAGAGAAGUUUUGCUACUUCGGCUGACUUAACGAAGAAGUUGAUUCUCUGCAUCUUUGUCUCUUUUCCCUGUUGAAGUAUGGCUUUAUUUAUUAGGAAGUUGGAAGGUUUUCUUGCUUGAUUAACUUUCUCAGACCAUCUUUCCAUUUUAUCAGAAUUCCCAUUGAGAGGUUGCUGGUAGAUCGCACCAGAGGAGUUUAUCUAUCAUCUACUCUGGGCUUCCUUUCUUAUUUUUGUCAUGGAGAUUGACAUUAGCGAGAAGGAUAAACUUGAACUGGAAAAGAGGAAUGUCGAUAACUCUAUGAACUAUCAAUCAGCUGGUAGUUUAACUUCAGACUGGCAUUUUGCUGGUGCUAAUAUAGCUAAUUCAGCUCUCAGUUUGGUCCCUAGUCAUGAUGGUCAGAUGAAUGCUUGUAGAGGAGAUUUAGUUGGUGCAGCUUCUAGCUCGUCCGCCUCCAUGGGAGAAUCAUUUGGUCCUCCUGUUAUGUGGGACCACCAAACUAGUUCACAGAACACUGGGUUUUGUGACAUCAGUCUAGGCACAGGAACUCUGGUAGGGAUGACAACCGGUGGUCCUGUCUCUAUGAGAAGCAGUAUCGAUGGAGCUCUGGGUAUGGGUUGGAAUCCACCUAGUUCAGUGUUGAGGAACGGUAUUUUCUUGCCAAAUGCUCAUGGAAUACUUCCCCCAAGCUUGUCUCAAUUUCCAGCUGAUCCUGCUUUCAUUGAGAGAGCCGCCAGGUUUUCAUGCUUCAACAGUGGGAAUAUUAGUGAUAUGGCUCACCCUUUUGGAAUGUCUGAAGCUAUGGGUAAUUACUCUAGGGGAGGGGGAAUGAUGCAAGGACUACAGGAGCCAUUUGUAGGUAGUGGGUUGAAAUUAUUAUCUGUAGGGCAAGCUCAGAAGAAUAUGAUGCAUGAAGGGGACUGUUCUGGAGAAGCAAGUAUUGCUUCUUUACACAUGGAUCAUGUGAAACCUGAAGAUAGUCCGCUUAAGAGUGAGAGAAAAAGUGAGAGCCUUGUAAGAUCUCAGGAUGAAGUAAAACCAGGUAUGGGUAGGUCUGGUAAUGACUCUGAUGAAGCCGAAUUUUGUGGUAGUGACCAAGAUGAUGCCACUAUGUUGGAGGCAAAUGCUGGGAAGUUAUCUGCUAAUGGCCUGAACUCAAAGAAAAGAAAGCGUAAUGGGCAGGACACUGAGCACAGUCCAGGGAAGGGAAGCCAGCUAUCUGCAGAAGUUAAUAAGGAUGGCUCGGAAGUUCAACAUAAGGGAGGUAAGAGUCCGACUUCCACAACUAACAAGACCUCUGGAAAGAAUGGCAAGCACGGAUCUAAAGCUUCUGAUCCGGAAAAAGAAGAAUAUAUUCAUGUUAGAGCUCGAAGAGGACAGGCAACUAACAGUCAUAGUCUUGCAGAAAGGGUGAGAAGGGAGAAGAUCAGUGAAAGAAUGAAGUUUUUGCAGGACCUUGUACCUGGUUGCAGCAAGGUGACGGGCAAGGCAGUGAUGUUAGAUGAAAUUAUAAACUACGUUCAAUCACUACAGCGGCAGGUGGAGUUUUUGUCGAUGAAGCUUGCAACAGUGAAUCCAAGAAUGGAUUUUAACCUGGAAGGGCUUCUUGCAAAAGAUAUCCUAACGUCGAGAACUGUUCCUUCAGCUAGUUUGCCAUUUUCACCAGACUUGCCUAUGUCUUAUCCUCCAUUACAUCCAUCUCAAUCAGGACUUGUUACAGCAGGUUUUCCUGCGAUGGAGAAUCACUCUGACAUCCUUCGGCGAACUAUUGGCUCUCAGUUGACUUCUAUAAGCAGAGAAUUCAAAGAGUCUGCUCAGCUACCAGGUUCAUGGAACGAUGAGCUGCACAAUGUUAUACAAAUGUAUGCGAGCAGUGAUCCUCAGGAUAGCCAAGAGAUAACUGGGCCAAUUGAGGCAAGCAAUAUGAAGGCUGAACCUUGAUUUUUCUUCGUAGUUCUGAUGCAGUGUGGCUACUAGUAUAUCAUUUCUUGAACAGCAGUGAUCUAGGGGACUAUGAAGAUACGAGUCUGGAACUAGAAAUUGCUUCUAACCCAGACGAGCAGCUAGUUUUCUUUUAGAUGAGGAGUUGUGUCUGUCCUCCUUGAUUCCUGGAUUUCAUAGCCACAUCCAUGUUUAUUGGAUUAAGUUCCUCAAAAUCAGGAGAAUGAAGUUUUGCCUUUUGUAUUAUAGGACGCAAUGGGAAGGAAAGGAACGAUGAAUGAUGGAAGUUGGAAGAUAUGUACAGAUAGGAUGGUGGUUGUGGAGGGUAAUGGAUGGUGGAAUCAGAGGUCGUGUAAACUAUUAUCAUAUAUGUGUAUGAUAUAAGCAUUGGACAAGCAUGGUGGUUUGGGUCUUCCCUCCCAUUCUUUUGUGUGUAAAUUGCAUAUAUACACAGAAGUUGACGAGCAUUCUGUUUUUUGCAAUGC